AUGCAAGUAAGUCUGAUCAGUAAAUACUCCUGCGAGACAUGUUUGGAGACGUUUGAAGGUCCGAAUGAUGCACAGAGACAUUUGUCAACCACAAGACACAAGUCAGUAAAGCUUUUACCUCUAGACGAGAUUUUGGAAUGCGAAGAGUGCUCAGACACCAACAUUCACCAGCUAGCCAUAUUACGUUAUGGGCUCAAUGAUAUGGCUUUGAUGUGCCAACAGUGCUUGGACAGUACUACCAAAGAUAGCGGUGAAGAGCCCACGGCCAAGUAUACGUUAUCAAAUGGAGCCUUGUUUGGUAAAUUGUCCCAAUACAUCAAGUUCCGAGAUAUUGUAUGUGCAUCAUGUGGAGCAGAAGAUGAUCUAUAUGUUGCAAAUACUCCCAGGGGACAGGUUGUAAGUUGCAAAGAGUGUUUGCGGAAAAACGAGUCUCCUAGUGUCACUUUUGUCAGUGAAAACGAUGAUAAAUUUUUGACCGAGCUUUUGGGAUUGAAAGAGGUGGUCAUAAAGAACAGAUCUUCGGGAAAAAGAGGCAGUAGGUGGGGUGGAAGAGGUAGAGGGAGAGGUCGUCGUGGAGGAAGAUCAGAAGGAAGACCCAGAAGAGUUAAAAAGGAGGACCCAGAAGCUGAAUCAAGAAGACAACAUUACCAGGAGUCGAAACAAUUUGCCAGUGACGUAAAGUCUGGAUCUACCGUGAAAGCCAUUGGAGCUGGUACCAUUGGCAACAGUCUGGGAAAGUCCCAACAUGGAAAAGGAGCCAAGAAUGUUAAAGGCUUUGUUGCCAGUGCGCAAUCUGGUAAAAAAAAUGGGUUUAAAGUGGUUAGUGCAAAGGAUGCAAAAGAUGUUCCUAAUAAUAAUGCAAAGGUUAGCGCAAAGGGACGUGCAGAUAUUAAUGCAAAUGCCAAUGAGAAAGGAAACGCAAAGUCAAUUGCAAAAGGAAAUAAAGGGGUCCAGACUAAUUCAAAAACGUCAUCAAAAACCAACUAUGAUAAGACUGUCAAGACCAAAAAAGGUGAUUCAAAGGGGAAGUCAUUUAUUAAGGUACAAGGCUCGCUUGAAGCUAACUCCAAUAAUGACACCAAUAAGAAACUUUUACCAAGAGGAAUCACACAGGAAAUUUCUUUCAAUCAAAAUCACUCAAAACAGGGCUCACUUAAAAAGGAGACUAGCGGCCGUUUGAGGGAUCCUAAGGACAUACCUAAGAAAGACUCAACCAGUCAUUCCAAAGAUUCUAAGGGCCCCACUUGUAAGGAUAAAACUUCUAGUCGCCAGAAUUCACCUGCACCACUGUCGGAAUUGGUUUUGCCUCCAUAUAUUACCAAAUAUCACCCUUCUUCAAAGCUCAAACUCUCUUACGACAGCAUUGACGAAUAUUUUCGUGAAAUGAGUUUUAACGUCUUUUUGGAGGACCAACUCACAAAUGUGCUGAAUAUAAUUGAACCACAAGACUUAAUUAUUGAAUGGUACCAGGAUCAAGACAAAAAGAAUAACCAGUUCAAAGUGAGCAUCCCAAUGAAACCAGAAGUGAUGAAUAGAUUUUUGUCAGAUACGUUUAAGAAGCUAAAAAAAGAUCCUUUUCAGAAAGAUCAAGCCAUUUUUUUGAUCUUGAAUGACGAAAUUCCUUGGUAUGGUAAAGUGGCCACUGUUGAUGGAAUCAAGACUGGAAAGAAUCGAAAAACAUCCAAGGUCAGUCACGUAGAGAUGGUUAUUACCCUUUACAAGUGGAACAAUCAGCCUUUGCCAAAAACAGUCCAUGCCCAACACUUGAAACUUUUGCCAGCGUCAGUUCCAGUGAGCAGAAUACUCAAUGCCAUGGAUAAUCUUUCCAAUCCAAGCUUUAUCAAGAUGUUAUUAGGUAAGGAGCCUAUCAAGCAGAUCUUUUUCAACAACAGAGUCAAUUUCUCAUCAAACUUGAAUGACUCGCAAAAGGCAGCUAUUCAAUCGGUAUUGAACAACAAAAUCAGUGUGGUUCAAGGGCCACCGGGAACAGGUAAAACCUCAGUCAUUUAUGAAACCUUGAUCCAAUUGCUUGAGUCAUUAAAUACGUACCCGAUAUUAGUUGUUGCUGCCUCAAAUAUUGCCAUUGACAAUAUCGCCGAAAAGUUGUUAUCAAAGCAUGGCAAACUGAUUUUGAGAAUUACUGCGUCGUCAAAGGAAAAGGAAUACAACAGGGCGCACCCAUUAGCCAGCAUCUGCUUACAUCACAAAAUAUAUGAUGCAAUGUCAAUGAAGCAUCAACAAGUUCAAAAUGAUUUGAGACGUGGUACUGGAGUCAUCAGUGGCAACGCCUAUAAGCAGUUUAUGCAGGAGAAAUUUCAACUCACAAAGCAGCAAGUGGCCCAAUCAAAGGUCAUUUUAACUACUACGGUCGUCGCGGGUGGAAACCAAUUGAAAUCGCUUGCGAAAUGUCCUGUUGUGAUCAUGGACGAGGCCACACAAUCAUCAGAACCAAGUACAUUAAUCCCUUUGGCAGUUCCUUGCGCUGAAAAGUUUGUAUUCGUUGGUGAUCAGAAACAAUUAAGUUGUUUCAGUUUAAUUCCCAAUUUGGCAACUUCUCUAUUCGAGAGAGUAUUGCUAAAUGCAACAUAUAAAUCACCACACAUGUUGGACACUCAAUAUCGUAUGCAUCCUGCUAUAAGUGAAUUUCCGAGAACCAAAUUUUACAAUGGCGAGUUGAAAGACGGUAUUGAUGCUGAUGCAAGAAGGAUAAAUGGUAUUCCUGAAAGCCUUUACUUUUGGGACACCAAAAGUAAGGCCAGGGAAAAGUCAGUGCGAAAUCUUCUUCGUGAAGAUGGUGGCUACACAUUCACUAAUCACGAAGAAGUUUCGUACGUCCAACAGGUGUUGAAAACACUAAUCGUCGAAAAGGGCAUAUCAAGGGACAAUAUUGGUGUUAUAACACCUUACUCGGGACAACGUGAUCUAAUCUCAUCAAUACUUGUCAAAGAUGACGUAAUAAAUCCUGCAAAUGAAGAUUUACAAAUUGAAAUUGAUAUUGAUGAUAUUACCAACGAUUCCAAACCCGUCAAUAUUCAUAUAGUGUCUGGAAUUAUGAUUGCUUCAAUUGAUGCAUUCCAAGGAAGAGAAAAAGAUUUUAUGAUAAUGUCAUGUGUUCGAUCAAACAAACAAGGCACAAUUGGGUUCUUAAAGGAUGAAAGGAGAUUGAAUGUUGCUCUUACCAGAGCCAAAUAUGGCCUAAUAAUGGUUGGUGAUGUCGAAUGCUUAAAGAAAGGAGAUAAGUUGUGGAAAGAAUACAUGGAGUACUUGGAAAAGAAAAAAUUGAUACAUGGUGAAGAUCAGUUUAUAUAUUAA